AUGGCUUACAACAAGAGUUACAACCCCGACGCGCUGCCAGCACACGCUGAACCUGAGCAGGUCGCGCAGAUGAUUGGAAGUAUGCAGGUGUCAGGGCCAGGGAACCAGAGCCAGAGCCACAAACCGCUCCCUUCUCGCCCACCGCAGUCAGGACCGAGCGGCGUGCCUCCCCGUGUCCCCGUCGCCAGCACUACACCCAAACCAUAUGGCAGCCCUGCCCCGCGCCCGCAAGAACCUCAUGCUCCGCACUCCUACAACGGUCGACCAUCGCCCGCAAACCCUCUCCCCAGCCAGCAGCGACCGCACCCAUUGCAUCCCUCACCUCCUCCCCAGAAUUACGGCUUCGGCCUCCCCCCCUCUUUCCGCCCUCCGCAAUCCCCUCAACCCCCGCCGCUGUCUGCGCCCAGCGAUGAUCCACAACAGCUGAUGCCCCUCUUCCGGGCCGCGAACUCUUCGCACUCUGGUUCCUUGACAGAGCAUGAGCUGGGCUCUGCGCUCGUCAACGGAGACUACACGUCCUUCCACCCGCAUACCGUCAAGGUGAUGAUCCGCAUGUUCGACAAGGACGGCAACGGGUCCAUCAACUUUGACGAGUUCGUCUCGCUGUGGAAGUAUCUGGCCGCAUGGCGAGAACUAUUCGAUCGGUUCGACGAGGACCGCAGCGGCCGGAUCAGUCUGCCGGAAUUCGAGAAGGCGCUGGUCGCGUUCGGAUACCGCCUGAGUCCGCAAUUUGUUUCGGUAAUCUUUACGGUGUUCGAGAGCAAGACGAAACAGAUGUCGGGUGUGCCCAAGAGCCCGGUUCAUAAUGGUAUGAGCUUUGAUCUCUUUGUGCAGGCGUGUAUUAGCUUGAAGCGCAUGACGGAUGUGUUCAAGCGGUAUGAUGAUGAUCGGGAUGGAUAUAUUACUGUGAGCUUUGAAGAGUUCUUGACCGAAAUUCUUCAGCUGCAGGAUUAA